AUGAACAAAUCACGGAGCAGAUCGAUACCUGUCGUUUUUGCAACUCUUUUCUUAGCCUUGGUGGCGUUCAAAACUCUUUUCCCUGGAGAUGAUCCUUAUCGCUGUCGCGCGGUUCAGAAAACAGGUCGAUGGAUUGACCCGAUUCGUGAUGAGCAUGGAAAUCGGGAUCCAUUUAAGCAAUGGCAGCCUGAUGGAUGUAUCCUCAAUCACUACAACUCGCAAGACAUCCGCAGAUGCACUGAGGGCCGUCCAAUUGUGAUUGUUGGCGACUCGACGUCCAAGAAUCUUGGCCUUGCCAUAGCUAGCCUGCUCGAUAAUAAGCAGUACCAAAAAGAUAAUGCAGCCAGGUUGUACACCAAGACGACAUCCUUCAACAUGACAUAUCACGGUCAAAGGAUAGAACGCGUCGCAAACGUCUAUCUCUCAUCACAUGGCGUUCCAGGUCGAGAACAGUUCGUCAGCCACCUCGAAACUUAUGCAGAGGAGAAGACAAAGAUUCCAACGAUCGAAGAUCAGAAAGGCCCGGCAUUGAUCUACAUAUCUGCAGGCGCAUGGUAUACUCAUCCUCACUAUGGAGGUAUCAACUCUACCGCCCUUGAUCCCUGGGAUGAUCGUUUCUCGGCAUAUCAGGAUCAUCUGUCAAAAGUCGACAAAUUCAUUGGCGAUAAUACACCACAUGAAGAUUGGUUCGGCGCACCGAUGGACCCACGAGAUGGUAUUGGAAACCAGAUCUUUUAUGCACCUCCCGCUGGACCGCGAUACUUGGGUAAUGAUACCGAGAGGAUUAUCGACAGAGGCCGGAGAGCGCAAGAAGUGAUCGAGAUGCAGGAUUGGCUUCUUGAAAAGGAGGAUGACUUCAGCAUUCCGUUUGUCUGGUCUAUCGCCAAUCUUGUCGAAGGUCAAGAUAAGAUCUGGCGCGAUCCCCUCCGCACCGGCUUUCAUGUCAAGUUUCACAUCGCAGAGCUUCGAGCCAAUAUUCUUCUCAACAUGAGAUGCAACGCAAAGUUGGAUCGAAUGAAGCCGUAUCCUUAUUCAAGAACGUGCUGUACCGACUAUGGUGUCAAGCCAUUGGUGCAGCUUUCCGUUGUGGCAUUCGGAAUCGUGUAUCUGGCUGCUUGCAUCAUUUGCGAGGUGUUGGACAUGUUCGCCGAUCGAAGUCCCGACCAGCCUCGCUUCAAGCUGCUCAACAUGCAAGCCGGAUGCCUUGUACUAGCACUUCUGAUGUGCUACUACGCUGAUCGCACACAGAUGAUGGCAAAAGGUAGCAAGCUUUGGCAACUCAAAGAUUUAGUCGCGCUUUGCAUUCCUUGUAUCGCAAUCAUGUUAACUACUAUUCGUCGCAUCAAGUCACCUGUUCCAGAGGACCUCUCAGUAGACAUGCAAGAGUCAAACCAACCAUUCCUCUCACGAGAUCAGACCGAUGAGUGGAAAGGAUGGAUGCAAUCUUUCAUCCUCAUUUGCUACUGGACAGGCGCACAAGGUGGCUCAAUCUACGUCUUCAUCCGUGUCUGCAUUGCGGCAUAUCUCUUCCAAACCGGCUACAGACAUACACUUUAUUUCCUGAACAAGAACGACUUCUCAUUCAACCGUGUCUCAGCCACAUUACUGCGCCUCAACAUACUCAGCUGUUGUCUCGCGUACUUUAUGGACACAGACUACAUGUUCUACUACUUCUCCCCUCUCGUAUCCUUCUGGUUCCUCGUCGUUUACGCGACCAUGGCGAUUAGACCAAGGUACAACAGCGAUUUGCAGGUUAUGCUGGCCAAGAUCUGCAUGUCUUGUCUUAUUUUGUCGAUGAUCCUCAUGGGGACGCCUCUUACACGUUGGGUCUUUGGGAUUCUCAACACUGUCUUCAAGAUCCAGUGGAGUUACAAGCAAUGGUAUCUCCGUGUCACACUCGACAUGCUCAUCGUCUAUGUUGGUAUGCUGACAGCCGUUGCCAACCGGCACUUGAAGAUGCCUAUUCAUCUACGGCUUCGUGUAACGCUUGCUCUGGCUGGCGUCUUCGCUACGAUACAUUACUUUUAUGCGACUUCAGGUCUCCGUAUGGCUGCAUACGCGAAAUGGCAUCCAUAUGUAUCUCUUGUACCAGUAUUGGGUUUUAUCGCCAUGCGGAAUGUUUCGGGCCCUGUUCGCAAUUAUCACUCCAAAGCUAUGGCUUGGUUAGGUCGUUGCUCUUUGGAGACCUACAUCCUCCAGUUUCACAUCCUCCUCGCGGCCGAUACCGAUGGUAUUCUCAUUGUCGAUGGUCUCUUCGGCGAUGGGUCGCUCAUGGGAGACCGAUGGAGGACUCUGGUCAUUGUCGUACCAAUAUUUCUGUUGAUUAGUCACUCGGUUGCUGUUUCAACGGGAUACAUCGUCAGGAUCAUUAUGCAUCAAGGCGCAGAAGAUGAGAAGCUCGGCAGACUUCGUUUCUGGACUUGGCUGGAAAAGAUCCCAGGCUUCUCAGAUCUCUCAGCACCCAAAAUUAGGGUAAUAUGCAUUUUAUUAGUUAUGUGGCUACUCAAUCUGAUGAGCCCGGGACAUGAGAUCCCGACAGUGUUUGAUGGUGGACACUCAGUGGUUGAGGCGCCAAAAGCCCCGCUGGAGAUUCCUUACCAAAUAGCGAACAGUACUCUGAGGUGUCAAUUCAAUUCAGUCCAGUUCACGAUGGCUACGUCCAGGUCUUACCCUACACAGGCUCUUGAACUCGAGACUCUCAGUCUCACUCACGAAGCCGGUUCAACGCCAAAACAGCCGAACCCAGUUUUAUCAACAGCUGGGCGUCGGCUGGGAUCGCAUAAUGACCAUGCGCAUGAGUCUGAUCAAUUCACUGGCUCAGGCGAUGAAGCUGCACCUCCGAGGGCCACUCUCGUUGUAGAGAAGUGGAAUGAACCCAUUGGCAACGCCUUUCGAGUUGGCGCUAUCUACUGGAGUCUUUUUGUCUCAGGCGCCAACGAUGCUGCAUACGGAGCUUUGAUCCCUUAUCUGGAGACUUACUACGAGCUCUCUUACCUCGUUGUCUCACUCAUCUUCCUCUCGCCGUUCGUCGGAUUCAUCGUCUCAGCAGCUGUCAAUAAUUAUCUUCACAUGAACAUCGGUCAACGGUGGAUCGCCUUCAUGUGCGGAGGAUGCCACGCGCUGACAUAUCUUAUCUUAUCGCAGCAUCCGCCUUAUCCUGUUCUUGUCUUGGCAUAUGUCCUCGCAGGUCUCGGUAAUGGCAUUGGACUUGCUGCUUGGAACUCAUACAUCGGCAAUUUGGCAAGGUCUAAUGAGUUGUUGGGUUUUAUGCAUGCGAGCUAUGGACUUGGAGGAACGGUUAGCCCUCUUAUUGCGACUAGCAUGAUCACUCAGGCCAAUCUGGGCUGGUAUGACUUUUACUACGUGCUUCUGGGCAUGGCUGUUUUGGAGACCGCAACUCUCACCUACUCCUUCUGGCCCAAGACAGCUCAGAAGUAUCGCGAGACUGUUCACACUGAGGGCACCCGCAACGAAGGGACACGCGCCGCUCUCUUCGUCAAGCCUCAUGCUCGUGUUGUUUGGCUUUGUGCCUUCUUCCUUCUCGGUUACGUUGGUACCGAAGUCGCUCUUGGCGGCUGGGUCGUGCAAUUCAUGUUGCGUGUUCGUAACGCUGACCCUUUCGACGCUGGAAUGACAGCUGUCGGUUUCUGGCUCGGCAUCACGAUCGGACGUCUGGUUUUAGGCAUGGUGAUUCCCAAGAUCGGUGUCAAAUUGUCACUCAUGAUCUUCAUUCCCAUCACCAUGGGCCUGCAGCUCAUUUUUUGGCUCGUGCCGCAAUUCCACGUCUCAGCCGUGGCAGUUUCGCUGCAGGGCUUCUUCUUAGGACCCAUGUUCCCUUGUGUUAUUGUUGCACUUACAAUGCUUCUUCCGCGACAUCUACACGUCAGCGCAAUCGGCUUCGCCGCUGCGUUUGGUGGAAGCGGUGCGGCUGUGCUGCCCUUUGCGGUUGGUGCAAUUGCGCAGGCCAAGGGAGUGCAGGUUCUUCAGCCAAUUAUUCUCGCUAUUCUGGCUGUUCUGUUUAUAAUAUGGCUUGGCCUACCUAAGAUCGAGAAGCGAAAGGAUUAAGAUGGUCAAUGUUGCUGAGAGAUAUCGCAUUUACAGGGACGGUCAAGAUCAGAAAUUAGUGGAGCUUUCAAGUACAGGAGGUCUAAAAGUUGGCGACUGCUUCUAUAUUCAAAAAGAUAGGCAAUAAAAUUAGAUUCUCACGUU